AUCAUUUUCAACUUUAUUAAAUUAAAUAAAACACAGAGUAGUUAUUCAUAUUUAAAUUAUUAUUGGUUUAUCAUUAAUCGAAAAUGCCCACAAAAAUCAUUUUAUAUUUAUUCAAAAUAGUAAAUGAAAGACAAGUGCCGAACGUAGUUGUCAAAGGUAGUAACUUUCGUUCAAAAAGUGUGGGAGUAGUUACGAACUUGCUUUCUGUCCUUCGGAAGUAGUCUUAGUCAGAACAGUGUAUUUGAUACGUUCUUCUGUGCAUUCGCGGUACUUUUCAGUCUAAAAUGCGUGCAAAGAACGUUGGAUACUAUCUUUUUUGGAGUCUGUUUCUAGCCUACCACGUGGUUAGCGAGACUCUGCCAUCAAUAGACAAAGACGAUGUGCUCAUAUUCACUGUCGCUACGAAAGAAACUGAUGGCUAUAAAAGAUAUCUUAGAUCAAUCGAUGUUUAUGGAUUUCGCGAUAACUUAAGAGUUCUUGGUAUGGGAACACCCUGGCUAGGCGGUGAUCAUGUAAAAACCAGUGUAGGAGGAGGAUAUAAAGUUAAUCUUUUAAAGAAAGCUCUUGAAGAGUAUCAAAAUGAUGAUGAGAGGAUAAUUAUAUUUACCGACAGUUACGAUGUAAUAUUUUUAAGCGAUUUAACCGAAAUAAUCGAUAAGUUCAAGAACAUGAACGCUAGAGUUUUAUUCUCUGCAGAAGGAGCCUGUUGGCCGGAUAGAUCAUUAGCUUCUAAAUAUCCUCCUGUAACACGAGGAAAACGUUUUUUAAAUUCUGGAGGUUUUAUGGGAUACGCUUCAGAUAUCUAUGCGAUUUUAACAUAUGCACCGAUAAAAAACAAAGAUGAUGAUCAAUUAUUUUAUACUCUGGCAUAUCUUGAUGAAAAAUUAAGGGAACAUCAUAAAAUUAAAUUGGAUCACAAAUCUGUAAUAUUUCAAAAUCUUUAUCUUGCUGUAGGUGAUGUAAAAUUAAAAUUUGAGGGUGGAAAGGCUUCCCUUUUGAACACUGUUUAUAACACAGAACCAUUAAUACUUCAUGGAAAUGGUUAUAGCAAAGAAUCAUUGAAUUCUUUGGGAAAUUAUUUGGCCAAUGCAUGGAGUCCUGAAGAAGGAUGUAUAAUGUGCUGGGAAGGAACGAUAGAAUUAAAUAAAACGAUACCAAAAUCAUAUCCGAUUAUAUUAAUCGCUAUAUUUAUCGAACGACCAACUCCUUUCUUGAACGAAUUUUUAACUACAAUAUAUCAGCAAGAUUAUCCAAAAUCGAAACUACAUUUAUUUGUCCAUAACAAUGUGGAAUAUCAUCAAGAUGUAGUCAAUAGUUUUAUGAAAAAUUUUGGAUAUGAAUAUAAUACUAGCAAACUAGUUUCUGUGAACGAUGCUAUGAAUGAAGUUGAUGCAAGAAAUUUGGCUAUGGAUUAUUGCUUAUUAAAAGAAUGUUCUGGAUAUUUCUCUAUUGAUUCUGUUUCUCAUUUAGAUAACAAAUAUACUUUGAAACUUCUAGUAGAACAGCAACGAGAAAUAAUCGCACCAUUAUUGGUUAGACCAUAUAAAAUGUGGAGUAAUUUUUGGGGUGCUAUAAUGGACGAUGGAUUCUAUGCUCGAAGUUUCGAUUAUAUGGAUAUCGUGAAAAAUGAACGCAGAGGAUUGUGGAAUGUACCAUUUAUUAGUAAUUGUUACUUAAUUAAUUCAACGCUAAUAAGCAACAAAGAAACUCGGCCAUCCUAUUCAGAAGGCGAUUUGGAUACGGAUAUGGCUUUUGCUUAUGCUAACAGAGAACGAUCCAUCUUCAUGUAUGUCAGUAAUAGACUUGAUUUUGGACAUUUGGUUAAUCCAGACAGUUACGAUAUCACAAUGACCCAUCCAGAUUUAUAUCAAAUUAUUGACAAUAAAUUGGAUUGGGAAAGAAGAUACAUCCACGAAAAUUAUUCGGAAAAUUUUAACUCGAAUCAAACUCCAUUGCAGCCUUGCCCAGAUGUGUAUUGGUUCCCCAUAGUGAACGAAAGGUUUACGAAAGAAUUGAUAGAUGUUAUGGAAAAUUUCGGAAAAUGGUCAGAUGGAUCAAAUCAUGAUCCGAGAUUAACGGGUGGUUAUGAAAAUGUACCAACCCGUGAUAUUCAUAUGAAUCAAAUAAAAAAUGAGCCACAAUGGCUAUAUUUUUUAAAGGAGUACGUUAGACCUCUUCAGGAACUCGUGUUCACCGGAUAUUAUCAUGAUCCACCUCGUGCCCUCAUGAAUUUCGUUGUAAGAUAUCGACCAGAUGAGCAACCGUCAUUGAAGCCACAUCAUGAUAGUUCAACUUAUACUAUCAAUAUCGCUUUAAAUAGAGUGGGAGUGGACUAUGAAGGUGGAGGUUGUCGAUUUAUCCGUUAUAACUGUUCCGUUACGGAUACAAAACCAGGCUGGAUGUUGAUGCAUCCUGGACGACUGACUCAUUAUCACGAAGGUCUUCGAGUUACUAGUGGUACUCGAUACAUUAUGAUUUCAUUUGUUGAUCCUUAAUCAGUAUGUCGAAUCAUAGGGCAUUCUUAUAGAUAAUAAAAAAAGAAAGAAAAAAACUGUACAAAAAUAUUCAACUGUGUUCUCAUAUAAAUAAAAUCUAUGAGAAAUUAUAUUAGUUGAGAACUAAUAUAAGGAUUGGGCAUUUUUUAUUUAAAAUAAAAAGAACAAAUACUUAUAAUAUAAUUUAAAUAAAAUAAAAAAUAUAAUAAAAUGCAUUUUAAAUAAAAAUGUUUGCAAAUAAAUUGUAAAAUCUUAUUUGAGAAAUAAAUUAUUUUUAAAUGAUUUGUUAUUUUAAAUAAUAAUAGAAAAAAAUAUAAGUAGAAUUUAGAUAAAAAGAAAAUGAUUUUGAGGAAUAGAAAUUUCGCAUAAAAAAAGCAUUCAUAGCAAAAAAAAUAUUUUUAUAUUUUCAUCAUAAAAUCAAAUAACAAAUAUCUAUCAGAUAUCAAAUAAAAUAACAAAUAAAGAAAUAAUUUAAUUUUAAAAUACAUUAUUAUUAAAAUAAUAUUAUUUAAAAUAAAGUAACGUAUAAUAAAUAAAAAAUAAAAUAAAAUUUUAUUUAAAUAAAAAUUUACUUCGAUAAAGCCCAAUCCUGGUGAAAACUUAAACUGCCAACGUGAACGAAAUAUGUAUUUCGAAAAAAUAAGAUUCUUAUAUCGAUGUUAUUUUUUUAAUAUAGAAAAAAUAUAAGUGUGAAACAGUUAGUAAUCGUAAGUGUUUGUAUAGAAAUAAAAUGUUAACUUGCAUUUGUAUUUAUCAUUUUGAAAAUACCACAUAACAAUCACUAGUAAAUCAGGUCAUAUUUUUACGUCCCUUUUUAUUUUAUUAUUAUUAAAAACUUGUUUUUUAUAUUAUUUACAACUUACGAUUUCUACACAAAUAUAUUUACAUUUUAAUUUGUAUCAUUCAACGCAAAGCUUGUUUCUUUUUACCAGAAUUUAGCUAUGCUUUUAGAUAAUAAUUAUGAACAUAUCCUAAAAAAUUACACACGCCACACUGUUUAAAAAAAAAA